CCAAGGCGCACAGCUUCUUCUCGCCUCGUCCCCAAGACCUUUCUUGACUGAUCAAGAAAUCAAGCCAACCGUCCCCAAAACCUCCGAGACAAGAGCGCAAAAUGUUCGGCUUAGGCCACCACGGCCACCACGGCCAGAACCCCCCGGCGGCCGGCGGCGGCGUGCACCAGCCCAUCUUCAAGAUCUUCUGCAAGGCUGACGAGGGGUACUGCAUCACCGUCCGCGACGGCAACGUCGUCCUGGCCCCCGCCAACCCGCGCGACGAGCACCAGCACUGGUACAAGGACAUGCGCUUCAGUUCCCAGGUCAAGGACGAGGAGGGCAACCCCUCCUUCGCCCUCGUCAACAAGGCCACAGGACUCGCCAUCAAGCACUCCCUCGGCCAGUCCCACCCGGUUAAGCUGGUGCACUUCAACCCGGAGUACCUCGACGAGUCGGUGCUGUGGACGGAGAGCGGCGACGUGGGCAAAGGAUUCCGCUGCAUCCGCAUGGUGAACAACAUCCGCCUCAACUUUGAUGCCUUGCACGGCGACAAGGACCACGGCGGCGUCCACGACGGCACCACCGUCGUGCUCUGGGAGUGGGCCAAGGGCGACAACCAGAGCUGGAAGAUCCUCCCCUGGGGCGACGAGGCCUACGCCGGCGGCAGCGCCGCCAACGCGCCACGCGGCCACUACGAGCCCACCGUCCGCAUCUACUGCAAGGCCGACGAGGGGUUCAGCGUCGCCGUCUGCAGAGGCAACGCCUGCAACGGCACCGUCUGCCUCGCGCCCACCAACCCACGCGACGAGUACCAGCACUGGAUCAAGGACAUGCGCCACAGCAACAGCAUCAAGGACGAGGAGGGCUACCCCGCCUUCGCACUCGUCAACAAGGUCACCGGCGAGGCCAUCAAGCACUCCGCAGGCGAAGGCCAGCCUGUAAAGCUUGUGCCGUACAAUCCCAACUACCAGGACGAGUCGGUGCUCUGGACGGAGAGCCGCGACGUCGGGCACGGCUUCAGGUGCAUCCGCAUGGUGAACAACAUCUACCUCAACUUCGACGCCUACCACGGCGACAAGGACCACGGCGGGGUGCGCGACGGCACCAACGUCGUGCUCUGGAAGUGGUGCGAGGGCGACAACCAGCGCUGGAAGAUCGUCCCUUGGUAAAGGUGCUGUGCUGGAGCUGCAUUGGUCAUCACCGUGAUCUGGACUUUGGAGUUGGAGGGAUGGGCCGCCUGUGGUCUGCUGCCGUGUUGCUAGAAUAAAAGUUGUGUGCGAUCCGUGGUGAUGGUGUCUAUGUGUCUGUUUAGUUUUAAUCGUUUCUUUCGAGUCGGUCCUGCUUCUUUGUAAGCGAGAGGAGAGUGAGAGAGGUUCUCUGCCUUUUGGUGAUCCAUCUGAUUGAGCAUUCGCCAUUUGUGCUUGUUGUUCAGAUGAGCCUGGAGUGUACCUCUGUACUGUACUGUACUGUCUGGGAUCCUUUCUUCAGUGGCUUUUAUCAUCCA